AGGGACCUCAAUCUUCCCCACCCUUGUCCACCAAAAUAUUUUUCACUUGAGAUUUUUCUUGGAAAAAUUACCCAAUUUCCCGGAAUAUGUCCUGUCGCGGGUGUGCAAAAAAGUAUGGAUUGUUCCUCAAAGAGAUGGGAUGCCCCAAUUGUCGAUUUGCAUACUGCAAGAACUGCCUGAAGUACUCUCUGGGGUCCCCGGAGAAGAAGAAAAUUAAAGUGUGCCUUUCCUGUUUCAGCAAUAAUGCAAAAAAAUCUGGAUCUUCUGAAGCAGAUGGAGCAGAACGUCCAGUUCCGGAUGCUUAUCUUAAGAGAAUUGAGAAGCUAGCAGAAGCUACAUCCAAUCAGCCUGGUCAGCUGAAUCAGCCUAAACUCCCUGCAAUGGACAAGGACGAGGAGAUUCGGCAGCGUUUGGAAAAAUUGCGAGAAGACAGGCAACCAAAGGAUGUUCCAUCCGAAGAGGAGAUGAGGAAGAGAUUGGCAGAAUUAAGAGGGCAGCAGUAUAAAGAAUAUUCCAAUGCUCACCUCUUUGCUGUGGACAAAAGAUCCGAUCAGGAGAAAAUGAAUGAAUUGCUAAAGCAGUAUUCUGAAGAAGUGAGCAUUAGGGAAGCUCACGAUCCAGCCAAGGAUAUUGAGAAACGACUAGCAGCUCUCAAAGAAAAUCCCCUGACCCCAGGAGCCUCCAGCAAACCAACAACAAUCCCCGUAGAGCCCGUAGAUGAAGAGAGCGAAGAUGAAGAGACAACUGCAAAGAAGAUUGCUCAGAGAUACAUAGCAGAAUCGGCUCUUGAAGGUGAUAUCCUCACUCCUGAGGAGAAGGAAUUCAUCAGCAGCCUCCCAGCACCAUCAAAAGACACAGAGGAAUUGCCCUGGUGCACUGUCUGCAACGAAGAUGCUAUAAUACGCUGCAUUGAUUGCGAUGGGGAACUCUUCUGCAGGGAGUGCUUCAAGGACAUCCACGAUGACGAAGAAUACAAGAGCCAUCGAACUAAACGCUAUCAGAGAAAAGCCACUGCUCAUGAUUGAGAACUGAGGAAAAAAAAUAAAGGUCGACGAGGAUGGGAUUCGAACCCACGCGUGCAUAGCACAUUGGAUUAGCAGUCCAACGCCUUAACCACUCGGCCACCUCGUCUAAAAAUAUCCUUGGUUAAUCUACUAUAAGAGUGUACGGCUCGACGGAACCUUCAAUUGACCUUUGCCGACUUCCUUAUCACUCCCCGCGUAUUUUUUAAUGACUUUGCACGCUAAACUUUCCAUAUUUUUCAUAAAUAUUUGCAAAAAUUGAAUAAAUGUGAAUUCUUUGAGAUUG